AUGAAGUUCACUUUCGCUACUGUUGCUGCAGUCUUUGGCGUUUCUGCCAUUGCUGCCCCCGCGCCCCAGGAGACUGAGGCUCCUCUGCCUUCCGAGAACAUCGAUAUCGCCGACCUCUCCGUUCGCAAGCAGCAGAACGGCACAGUGACCAACGUCAGCUUCCUUCUCUCUGGAGACGACGCCACGGAUCUUGCCUGCCAGGGCGCGACCGGUGUUCCCUCGGAUGUCAUCACCUGCGGCGAGUCCAAGUACCGCUUCACGAUCCGUCAGGGCAAGGAGACCGAAUUUGCGCUGCGCAUCUACCACGAGCUCGGCCUCGCAUUCGGUUACUGGGGCGAGGGUGAUGUUUUCACCUACUGCCACGCCGGCGGCCUCGGAGACUUGCUCUGCAACCAGGUCAACCCUACGACAAUUGUUAUUGACAACACUCCCCCACCUGUCAACCCCUAA